AUGGCACCUGGUUUGGGCCAGCAUGUCCAAGCACGCGGCGCUCCUGGGGCUUCCAGAGGGAGGCAGCGCGUAGGUCUUAUUAUUCACGACCAGGAAGAUCCUCUAUUCGGCUACACCCAGUUGUUGAUUCCCGCAACCUUCCUGCUGCUUGCUUCUCAGAUCGACUACACCCAGUACAACUACACCGACCCAAUCUGCGCUCCCAACGACGACGACAACAGCCGGACCGGCACGGUGGGCUGCGUGGCCGUCGACGCCUCGGGCGGCCUGGCGUCGGCGACCUCCACGGGCGGGCUGGUGAACAAGAUGGCCGGUAGGAUCGGCGACACCCCGGUCAUCGGCGCCGGCACCUACGCCAACGCCCUCUGCGCCGUGUCCACCACGGGCAAGGGCGAGGACAUCAUCAGGCACACCGUGGCGCGCGACGUGGUGGCGGUGAUGGAGCACCGGGGCCUCUCGCUGGAGGAGGCCGCCGCGCGCGUCGUGGCCGGCGUGCCCCGGGGCUCCGUGGGGCUCGUGGCCGUGUCGGCCGCCGGGGAGGUCACCAUGCCCUACAACACCACGGGGAUGUUCAGGGCGUGCGCCACCGAGGACGGCUACUCCGAGGUUGCCAUAUGGCCUGCAUGAUCCUGACUGAGCUAGCGUUGGAGAAUCAACUGGCUGAUUAUGUGUGUCUGUCUUGUUUCUCUAGUGCCUGCUGCAGGUGCGGAUCUCUG